CGCGGCCAGGCGUGCGCGCACUCGGUAUCCAGCUUUCUGCUAUGCACGCGCGCGCUCCUUUACCCGGGCCCCGCCCCCUUUCUCCCGUGAAAACUGAGAUUACAGUUGGGGGUGGGUGCUGGUGCUUGUAGGACCAUGAAAGGAAAGACCGGGACGAGACUUUAAGGGUUAUUUUCGCGGUCUGAAAUUGUUGUUUUCUGUCUAAAUGUAGGUUUAUAUUUCGUGGAAGUGUAGUCAGAACACAUUAAAAAGGCAUUGCGCAUCCGUCCAGAUGUGUAAACCGACCGUGAGCACCGAGUGAGACUUGAACAAAGUUAGCUAGCUAGCUCGCGUUGUUAGCGUUACGCUUAGCUCGGUCAGGAACAACCGGAGAACGGAUUCGAAACGAAGCGGGAGAGUUUUUGUUAGCGUCGUUAUCAACACCUACUAUAGUAAUGUUGCCCUCGGGAGGACACUCAAGUUUUGGAUGAGGGUAAAGACCGAGGGUUUGCUAAAGCAGUUUGAGGGAAGAGUGAAGGUGCGAUGCUGGGGCAGAAGGAGGCGGCGCGGGGCUCCGGGGGUCGCCGGUCAGAGUGCCGCGCUCGCCCGCUUCCAGCCCUCAGGACACUCGGGGGCUGCGUGUUGCUCCUGCUGCUCCAGGCGGCCCUGUGCCUCGCUAGACCCAGCGUUAUAAUCAGCACCAACAAUAAUAACCACCAUCCGAGUGUCAACGUUUACAUGAGUGAAGACGAGGUGAAGAAGCUUCUCGGUCUGGAUGCUGAGCUUUACUAUGUGAGGGACGAUGUGGUGAAUCAUUACGCUCUCUCCUUCAUACUGCCAGUACCCAGCGAGACCAACAGCCUGCACUUCACCUGGCACUCCAAGAGCAAGGUGGACUACAGGUUGGGUUUCCAGGUGGAGAACCCUGCAGCUAUGGACCAGCCUCAUAGCAACAUUUCAUCCAGUGGGGAGGUUCCGCUCACACACUCGGUUUUCAGAGUGGACCUCUUCUGUUCUGGGAAAGUGGAUGGUGAGGCCAUUCUGACGAUGCAGCUGAAUCUGACAAUCCAUGCCAACAACUUCACAGUGCUCAAUUUCAAGCGCAGGAAAAUGUGCUACAGAAGAAUUGAACAGCCAGAUCCUCCCAAAAUCCUCCUUCCAUUCUCCAACAAAACAGGACCAGACUACAGCGCCCCUACAACGUCCACCAGAGUGUUCUACAUUAGCGUUGGAGUGUGUUGUGCUGUCAUCUUCCUGGUGGCGAUCAUCCUUGCUGUGUUACACCUGCACAGCAUGAAGAGAGUCGAGGUGGAUGACAGUGAGAGUGACAGUGGGAGCUCCCAGGGUCUUUCUCAACCCUCCACUCAGACCACGCAGUACCUGAGAGCAGACACACCAAACAAUGCCACCUCCAUCACCAACGUUCACGCUGGCUCUGCUCCCAUGCUGCAGCUCUCAGGUGCCUCCUUCCCCCACCCUGGUGCUCCCUCCCAUGAAAGCAAAACCUAUCCUUCAUUGCGGAUAGAGAAGAAUGACCUGAGAAGCGUGACCCUGCUGGAAGCCAAGGCAAAGGUCAAGGACAUCGCCAUCUCUAGAGAGAGAGUCACACUCCGAGACGUUUUGCAUGAAGGAACCUUUGGACGGAUAUUCCACGGUGUCUUGCUUGACGAGAAGGACCCGAGUAAAGAGAAACAAGUGUUUGUGAAAACAGUCAAAGAUCAUGCCUCAGAGGUGCAGGUGACGAUGAUGCUGACGGAGAGCUGUAAGCUGCGAGGUCUUCAUCACAGGAACCUGUUGCCCAUUAGUCAUGUGUGCACAGAGGAUGGAGAGAAGCCUAUGGUCCUGCUACCUUACAUGAAUUGGGGCAAUCUCAAACUCUUUCUUCGCCAGUGCAAGCUUGCUGAGGCCAACAAUCCUCAGGCCAUCUCCCAGCAGGAUCUUGUUCACAUGGCUAUCCAAAUUGCAUGUGGUAUGAGCUAUCUGGCACGAAGAGAGGUCAUCCACAAAGACCUGGCUGCCAGGAACUGUGUCAUUGAUGACAGCAUGCAGGUGAAGAUCACCGAUAACGCGCUGGCUCGAGACCUCUUUCCCAUGGACUACCACUGCCUGGGGGAUAAUGAGAACCGGCCCGUGCGCUGGAUGGCCCUGGAGAGCCUGCUCAACAAUGACUUCUCCAGUGCCAGUGAUAUUUGGGCUUUUGGGGUGACUCUUUGGGAACUUAUGACGCUGGGACAGACUCCUUAUGUCGACAUCGACCCAUUUGAGAUGGCUGCCUACUUGAAAGAUGGCUACAGAAUUGCACAGCCCAUCAAUUGCCCCGAUGAGCUGUUCGCUGUAAUGGCGUGUUGCUGGGCACUGGAUCCAGAAGAGAGGCCGAAGUUCCAGCAGCUUGUCCAGUGCCUCACGGAGUUCCAUGCAGCUUUGGGGGCCUAUGUUUAAACUCCAGCCUCAGGUUUUGUUCUGGGCCCCUGGUCAUUGACCAGCACUAUCCCGCAACAGGAAAAACAGCACCUGACUGAAAUAAAACACGUUUCUCUUGUCAGUGAUUUUUUAAAAAAAAAAUUUUAAAUGCCGUCACUGAGACUUUAAGACUCUUCUCUUUGUAUGCUUUUUGGAGAAGUCACCCUUUUCUCCCUUCAUGGAAUAGUAGAUCUCCAUGUGUUUUCACUGUCGGAGGGCAUCACCUACGGCCUCGCCACAAUGCACACUCUUCUUAAGAAUGCUGGUGUGUUCAAAGGAAGCUAUUGUUCUUCUCAGCAAAGAACCUUUUCCAGACAGACACUUGAGUUCAACUGCUGAGUGUUCUCAUAAAGCUUAUUGUACGUCGGAUACUGUCUGAUUUUUCAGACAUUCCUUGCUUGGAUUAAGAUUUAUGUUCUUUUUGACUCUUCAGCGAGAGGAACAGUCUCCCUUAUGUUGAAUCUAAAACUGCUAUGACGUGGAAAUGGGUUUUGUUGUAGUGUGUGUUUGUGCAGAACAGAAUAUGUGCACAGAAUAUGUCAGUCCUCCUGUUGGUACUUGUACAUUUGCCAAAAUAUGGUUUUGUUUUGUUUUUUUUUCCAUUUGUUCAGCUUAAAUGAGCUCAAGUAUAGUUCUGCCACUGGUUAUCAGGAGGACAUCAGCUUACUGCCUCGAGUAUUUCAAUUUUCUUCAAGGCAGUGGAUAUGCAGAACUGUACUAGUAUUUACUUUAAACCAGUGUUAAACUGGCUUGUGGUACAUAUUACAGCACCAACAUAUCGAGUUCAUCCAAAAGAUUGAUAUUGCAAGGUUUUGAAUUAUGGUUGGUAAGGAAAAAAAUAAUAAUAAUUACAAUAAUAGUAAAAUUUAUUACAGGGUUGUUACUUAUUCCUAAGGUUUUUAAUGUUUGUUCUGUGUCAGAACAAAGUCUUCCUUUUGUAUUUUUUUUUUUUUCUUUUAACAAAUGCAUAAAGACACACCAAUCACUGUGAAUAAUCAAAGUGUACGGCCUACGAAAAAGGAAAGAAAAAAAAAAACGGUUUCUAGCGGCGUUUCUUUUUCCCUAACAUUUAUAGACUCUUGAUGUUGACAGCUGCAUGUUGAUUUGAAAAGGUAUUAUGUAAACUGUUUCCUGAACUCAUACCUACCAAUUAAAAAAGAACCCCAAAUAAAAUGGGUUCCCAAUG